AUGGCAAUGAGGAUAAACGCUCCUUUACGGCGCGCACCCAAUACAAAGCUCAUCAAUUCACGACUCUCCACUCGUUCAAACACAACAAUGACUGAGACUUCUGGCAAAGUCAUGAACGGAUAUCCUGGACUAGGACUACCUCUUCGCCAUUGGGAACAGACCAACUACGGCUUCUAUCCGAUCGGGUCCCACCCCAAUGCCUAUGGAAGCGAGUCAGAUAUCAUCCCUGUGCGAGAGCUUGCCGUGAUGGAUGUUUUGGAAAAGCUCACCGACAAGCCCGACUGGCACAAGAAGAUCUUUGAUGAUGAGAUCGUUGCCAAGUGGCGUAAAGAGGCCCUCGCCAUUCCUGAUGGACGCUUUUGGCACCUUGCUACCGCUGGGAUGAGACAGUAUUGGACCGACGACGAGGACCGGCUCGAGCUUCACAACGGCCGGGGUUCUUGUCCACUUGAGAACAUUUUGGACGAAGCUACGUUCGACACGGUAAGUUAUUCUUGCUUCCAAAUCGUCUCCAUUACUAAAAUUCCGCAGUGUGUUCAAGAGCUUCGUAGCAAAGCCAAGUAUUUCGAACAAUCGGGCAUCAUACCUUCUCUCGACGCAUGCGCUUCCGUAGCCAAGUCUGACACGCUCGUUACCAGCGAGCUACACACCAAUCUCCGCAAGGCUUUUGACAAGCUUCAGUCGGACCACGCUACAUCUCCCGAUUGGCACCCCAACUCGAACGAUAUGGUGCAGGAUCUGGUACAUCCAUCUAUGUACCCAUUGGUAUAUGGGCGCAGCACCGGCUUCCGUGAGGAGCAGGUCGGUGUGGCGGACGCCGUGAAGCGCUGGUCUGGUAAAGGCGAGGUCAUCGCCCAGCAGGGGCCCGAAGAGACUACAGCGCAGAACCGGCCUUCUUACGGCGUUGGAGGCAGUAACAUCCCGCCGGAGUACUGGUCCAAUCAGUACCAAUGGCUGCCAGCCAACGUGGCCUUCCAAGAGGAUGGGUCUGUAAAAUUUACGAGCUACAUUAACAAUCUUCACCCUACAAGAUAUCCCGAGAUAUACCGCACUAUCGAAAAGCUGGUCGAGACAUCCAUACCCAUGUGGGAUCAGUGUUUGAGGUUUGCAGUCGGCUACUAUGAGUACGAAGGGGCCGGCCGUAUGGAGACUCGCAGCGGUAAACCUGGGAAUGCUGAGUAA